AUGCGUUAUAUCAAUAUAUCUGAAACGCCGCUUAACGGAGAUGCAAGUGUGCUGUCGGAAAAUGCAUCAGCACAAGCUAUAAGAAAAAGUUAUGUUCAUGGUGUAUCAAACAUUCCAUUCCUGUUUGAUACGAUCGGUGAUCGUCUUCGGUUAGCCGUCGAUCAGGUUCCGGAUCGAGAAUUUGUUAUUUUUAAGCAUGAUGGCAUACGUAAAACCUAUCAACAACUUCUUCAUGAUUGUGAAAAAUUUGCUACCGGUUUGUUGCAUUUGGGUUUGAAUCGUGGCGAUCGAGUAGGAAUAUGGGGUCCAAAUUUAUAUGAAUGGAUCGUUUGCCAAUUUGCUACCGCACUUGCUGGCAUGAUUUUGGUUAAUAUAAAUCCAUCAUAUCAAUCGGAAGAGCUAAAAUUUGCUAUUGGUAAAGUAGGCAUCAAAGCAUUGGUCUCACCUGCAAGUUUUAAAAAAUCAAACUACUAUUUAUUGAUGGUGGAUAUUAUGCCGGAUCUUGCUGUUAAACCGGAAGGUAAAGGUGAUAUAAAUGCCGAUUAUUUUCCUGCUUUUCGUCAUUUCAUUAUCAUUGAUCGAGAUGAUGAUGAUAAGUUGUAUAGAGGAGCCUGGAGAUAUUCGGAUGUGACAAAAAUGGGUACUGAGGAAGAUCGAUUAAAAUUGGCCGAUAUUGAACGACAGAUACGACCAGAUGAUCCGGUUAAUAUACAGUAUACCAGUGUAGGUAUUCCGUUUGUAUUUGGCAAGCAUCAUACAUUAGUAUUUUAUCUUUUAAUUGUCUACGGUACCACCGGACAACCAAAAGGAGCUACCUUAACUCAUCAUAAUGUUGUAAAUAAUGCAUAUUUUGUUGGACGACGCGCUGGUUACAAUGAAAAACGUACAAUAAUUUGUAUUCCGAACCCACUGUAUCAUUGUUUCGGUUGUGUUAUGGGUAGUCUGAGCGCAUGUAUUCAUUUGCAAACUUGCGUAUUUCCAGCGCCAUCAUUCGAUGCUUUAGCUGCUCUUCAAGCUAUACAUGAAGAAAGAUGUACAGCAGUUUAUGGUACUCCAACAAUGUAUAUUGAUAUGCUAAAUCAUCCUCAAUACAAGCAAUUUGAUUGCACAUCGAUAACAUCGGGUUUUGUAGCCGGAGCACCAUGUCCUAUAACAUUGUGUCAAAGACUUGUAAAGGAAUUGGGUAUGCGUGAUUUGCAGGUAUGUUAUGGUACAACGGAAACCAGUCCAGUAUCUUUUAUGUCACUUCGAGAGGAACAACCGGAAGAACGUGUCAAAUCUGUUGGCUACAUUAUGGAUCAUCUUGAGUCUGCUGUAGUCGAUAGUGAAGGAAUCAUUCUACCACGUGGUGAACGUGGUGAAGUACUCGUACGUGGUUAUUCGGUGAUGAAAUAUUACUGGGAUAAUGAAAUACAGACUAAAGAAGAAAUUACAACUGAUAGAUGGUAUCAUACUGGUGAUAUCGGUGUAAUUCAUGAAAAUGGUUCAUUGAGUAUUGUUGGCCGAAAAAAGGAUAUGAUUGUACGUGGUGGUGAAAACAUUUAUCCAUUGGAAAUAGAGCAAUAUCUAUUUCGACAUCCAAAAAUUGAAGAUGUGCAGGUUGUUGGUGUACCGGAUGAGCGAUAUGGUGAAGUAGUAUGUGCAUGGAUACGAUUGCAUGAUUCUGCAAAUGAUGUUACAGAGGAUGAUAUCCGAAAUUUCUGCAAAGGACGAAUUGCACACUUCAAAAUUCCACGAUAUAUUUUAUUCAAAAAAGAAAAUGAAUUUCCGUUAACAGUGACGGGUAAAGUGAAAAAAUACGAAAUAAGAGAAUUAUCGAAAAUUGAACUUGGCUUAGAGCAAACCAAACGACGUAUUGAUCAUUUCAAUGGUGAAUGGAUUUUCGAAGUACAAGCAGAAAAGCAUCCCACAAUACCGAGAGGUUGA